UCCCGGGGACGGGGACUUAGCGGGUGUCUGUGUGUGUGGGGCCGGCGGGUACUGCACUGGGGUGGCUGUGUGUGUGUAAUUGGGUGUGACACGGGCAUUGGGGUGUCCUGCCAGUGGGGGCUGUGCUGCAGGGUGGGAAGCGGGUCACCGGCACCGGGUAGAGCUGGGCCUGGUGCUCAUGUGAUGCCUGGUCCUGGCUACAUAGGCAGCAAUGUGAUGGAAGGAGACCCCUGGGCUGGCUGCUGACAGCUGUGAGGCUCCUGUUUACUGACAGCUGGAUAAAGGUCAGCAUCGAUCCUCAUGUGCUUCGUCCUGCCAUGCUGACUCUGUCUCAUGUCAGACCUUAAGUUCUGAAAAAGAAAGAUGGCCCAUGCGGGUGAGAUCAUUGUGCUAGACGACGACGAUGAUGACGAGGAGCCACUACAGUGCCCCGAAGCGAAGAAAAGUCCUUGUAAGGCCCCACCGAGGCAGAGUAAUGGGAAGAAGGAAAGUGCCAACGAUAUGAGCGCGGAGAAUAAAAGGCUGUUUGAGGAGUUUGUAGAUUACUGCUCAAAACUAACUUCGGAACACCCAGAGGUAAUCUCCUUUCUUCAGGGACGACACGCCAAGGCCAAUCCUGUAUAUCUUUCUUCUGUCGCUUUCCGCAACACCCUGGGCAGUUGCCUGACCCGGGUACAAAACAAGCGCUCAAAAAUCUUUGUUUAUAUCAAUGAACUGUGCACAGUACUUAAAGCAAAUUCUCAGAAGCGAAAGGUCAGCCUGCACAGCCCAGCCCUUCGGAAUCCUGCUGCGGAAGUAGCGGACGUUGCGAAUGAUGAAGAAAAGGAAACAGAGGAGGCACCAGAAAUUAAAAAAGGUUCAAAACGUCAGAUCCGAUACCUUGAAAAUCUUCUGAGGAUUUACUCUCUGGAGAUCAAGAAGCUGCAAGAGAAGGAGCUGUCUCUAGAGGACUUAGAAGAUGAAGACUCUUCCUACAUCCAGGAAUCUAGACUUAAGCGCAAAUUGUUGCGCAUCUUUGAGAAACUCUGUGAACUUAGAGACUGCCCCAGCCUCACAGGUCGUGUGAUAGAACAAAGGAUACAAUAUCGGGGCACUCGUUAUCCAGAAGUAAACCGCCGCCUGGAAAAGUUCAUCAAUAGCUACCGAGACAUCUUUCCCGAUUAUGGGGAUGUGCUGCGGGUGAUCCAGAAAGCAAACGAGAAGCACAACCUGACUCUGUCGCGCAAGCAAAUGCAAAGCAUGGCUCAGGACGCUUUCCGGGAACUUGGGAACAAGCUGCAGGACAGGAGACAUUUGGACAUGGUGUAUAACUUUGGGAGUCAUCUUACAGACUCCUUUAAGAAUGUUAAUGACCCUGCCCUUCAGGACCAGUCUCUAGCACGACAUCUGCGUGACAAUCGCAAUAUGGCGCUGUCUCAUCUAGACGACAUCAUCAAGAAAUACGCAGAGAUGCAGGAUGAUGGGGAGGAGGAGGAGAGAAAGAAGUGGAAGAGAGAAAGUGAAAUGCCCAGCACCUCUAAGGAUGAAAAGGGGGCCUAUAGCAGUAGGCGUUCCUCAUCGCCAGCAUCAGACGAGGAGGAGGAGGAAGAGUCUGAUGACUCUGACACCGAUAUUGAGGAGGAGUUAAAGCAGUGUGAGCAAAUUGAAGAUGGUGAGGAUGGAGAAGAGGAAGAAGAAAGUCCUGGUGACCAAGAAAACGAUGCCGACCCGAACAUGGAUACAGCGUCUGACCCACAGGUCAUUUCAGGAGGAGAGGAGGAUGGCGAGAAAGGAGAGGAGGAUGGAGAUGAAGACCUUAUUGAGGAGGCAGAAGAAGCAACAGGACAGGAAUCCUCUCCAGCCUCUACGUCUUUGUCAAAUGAUAAAGAAUCCAUAAAUACAUCUUUGGAGUCGGAAGAGGACGUACGGCCUUCUGACACUAUUGGACUACAAUGUAAUGACACCACAACCUCGGCCAAGAUCGAGGAUGAGAACACUAGGGAAGAGGAAGAUGGGGCAAAUCAGAAUAUGACCUCUGGUGAGACCAGCCUUGAGGAUCACACGGAGGUGGAGGACGAAAAUAGUGAUGUGAAAGGAAAGGACGAGAAAGAGGAUGCAGAAGUGCCUUUGGAGUGUGAGCCACCUAUCGGACAGAUAGAGGGUUCUGGGAAGUCAGCGGAUGGGAAAAAUAAUUUAUUACCAGAUAUCAAGGACUCAUUGGCGGAGCAAAAUGAAGGUGAUGAGUCAGGUGAGGAAAACCUCUCCGAAGUAGCAGAUAUUUCACUGGGGGAAAGUGGCGAUGAGAGGACAGUACCUGAAACUGAGCCAUUGUCGCCGUCUGAGAGCGUCAGCAAAGAUUGUUCAACUAGUGAAUAUACUGACGAACCUUGUGAGCAAAGUAGAACGAGGAUAGACACUGAGGUGCGGAGUAUUGAGGAAUCCACUACCACUGAGAUGGAACAGGACUGUGUAGAUACUAGUGUCAAAAAUCAAAGUCCCUCCGGUGGUGAUGUGGGACGUUGUGCAUUGGACGUGGACAGUGGUGAAGUGAACACGGACUGUGACAUGUCCCCUUUGGGCAACAGCAAGGGAGUUGAUGCAGCCACAGAAAUGGAAAACUCUAGUGUGCCUCGCCUAAAACGUGACAAAAGUAAGAUAUUCCUCAAAGACUCCAUUAAACACAGGAAGAUCAAGGAAGAGAGUACGCCAAGCAGGAAGAGGAAAAAGAUCCCUUCGCCUACGCGGACGGAGAAUGGGAUUGUAAAGUACAACGGGAGUGACCAGGGUGACGUACACCUGAAGAGGAAAUGCAUGAAAGCAAAGACAGAUUGCAGUUCACACACUUCUCUCUCCAGCUCCACUGAUGCAGACAGUGAUAAUGACAUAACACUGGACCUGGUAGUGACCUGCAGCCCAACGAACUCUCCACCUAGGUCAUCUGAACAGUGCACAAAGUCUCAUGCCUCUACGCAGUGCGACCCGGACGAAGUGAUUGUUCUCUCUGACUGACUACUUUGUACAGUAAAUUUGAGGCAAAGGUGUCUGGGACCAUUUGGGGAGGGGGUGGUGUGUACUUGAGUGGUGUGUCUGGAUAUUAGGAGAAUAGAAGCCACGUGUUACCAAUGUGGAGAGAGCGCGCAUUAUGAUAGGAGUGAUAAGUGGGUGAAUUCACGGGACUCCAUAAGUAGCCAUUAGGACCUGGACCUCAGGGUAUGUCCCCGUGAUGUCUCAAGCUCCCCCUUGUGGAUGUGUUAGUAGAAGGCCUUUGAGAAGAGUGAGCCUAUAGGGAUAUUUUACUUGUGUCUGAGUGGAUAUCACCUUGGGAUAUCUUAAUUAUCUCCCUGGGGAAUUUUUGGAUAUCUUUUCCUACAAAUACCCUUCUUUACUUUUUUUUUUUUUUUUUUUUUUUUGUAAAAAAGGAAAAAAGAAAAAAAACCUUUGAGAAUAAAUCUUUGUUUUAUUA